AUGGCUCUCGUCGACUACUCGUCGUCCGACUCGGCAUCUGAGCCGGGCUCACCCCCGCCCAAACGCCGCAAGGCCGCCGACGGUGGCCCGGAAGGGCCCGUCGCCAGCAAACACAACAAGACCACCGGCACUGCUUCAUCCGCGAGUCAACCGGAAGGCAACUCCGCACUGCCUCCGCUCCCGGAGGAAUUCCACGACUUGUAUGCCUCCACCGUACGAACCAGCACCGCCGAUGAUCCCACCCUCCACCAGGGUCGGAAGCGUGCCAUUCCACACAUCGUCGGCCAUUGGCCUUCUCACGUCUACAUUGAAUCAUCCCAGCACGCCCUGCUCACAAAUCUCCUAGCCAAGAUCGCGCCCCUUCUCAAGUCUCAAAAGCUGCAACCUCUACUAACCUCAGACCUAAACGCCCCGCUGCCCCUCCACGUCUCCCUCACCCGCCCUCUCUCCCUGACCACAGCUCAAAAGGACGACUUCCUCUCCGCCCUCACCUCGUCCGUCUCCCACGCCACAGGGCCCUUCACCCUCUCCCCGCGCGGGAUGGGCUUCUUCAAAUCCCCAGACUCGGACCGCGCCUUCCUGAUCCUCCGUGUCGCUGACCCCCUCGCCUCCUCACGAGAUAGCAACACCACCACCGGCAAGAACCCGCAGCUCCGCGCCCUGCUGACAAAGUGCAACACCGUCGCUCUCCGCUUCGGCCAGCAGCCGCUAUACCAGGCCCGCGCGACCGAGCUCGUCGACGACGCCUUCCACGUGAGCAUCGGCUGGACGUUUGGCCUGCCGCCCGAGGACGCGUGUCUGCAGACGUACGGGAUGUUGCGGCUUCCGGAGUUUGCAGAGGUGAAGAAGUGGGAGAUUCCCGUCUCGGGCGUCAAGGCCAAGAUCGGGAACGUGGUGACGCAUGUCCCACUGCGGGAUGCGCAGAAGAGGGAUGGCGAGGAGGACAGUCUGUUCGGAUGA